GCUGUGGUUCCUGCAGAUGUUUAAGAUUAGAAAUGAAGUAUGAAUGCAAAACAGUUGACUUUCAAGCGGAGCUUUAACCAAGAAGGAAGAGAAAUAUUCAGUACAAGAUGAAGUCCCAGAAAUCUUGGAUUGAAGACAUCUUCUGUAAGAGAGAGUGCACAAAGAUCAUACUGAGCUCCAGAGAUCAACACAGAUGUCCUGCUGGUUGCCAAAUCUGCCAAAACUUAAUCCGAUGUUGCUGCGGACGGCUGAUUGGAGACCAUCCCGAGAUAGAUUAUAGUUGGCUUGCCUAUCAGUCUGUGAAGGAGAAGGAAGAAUGGUCUGUCCAAAAGCACACACAAACAAGUCCAACUGAUACCUUUGGUACUAUCAGUUUCCAAGAUGGCGAUCAUACCUACCAUGCCAAAUAUAUCAGAACUUCUUAUGAUACCAAGCUGGAUCAGUUGUUGCAACUCAUGGUGAAAGAAUGGCAGAUGGAACUGCCAAAACUGGUAAUUUCUGUUCAUGGUGGUAACCAAAACUUCAAACUUCCAUCUAUGUUUAAGCAGCUUUUCAACAAAGGCUUGGUCAAAGCUGCUGAGACUACAGGGGCAUGGAUAUUAACAGAAGGCAUCAAUGCUGGAGUAUCCAAACAUGUGGGUGAUGCAUUGAAAGUUCAUGCUUCCCAGAAUUUAAGAAAGAUUUGUGCUGUUGGACUUCCUCCCUGGGGUAUCAUUGAGAAUCAAAAGGAUCUCAUUGGUAAAAAUGUAGUCUGCCUAUAUCAGACUCUGAGCAACCCUCUCAGUAAGCUAAGCACCCUCAACAGUAUGCAUUCACAUUUCAUAAUGGCUGAUGAUGGAACAGUGGGCAAGUAUGGUAAUGAAAUGAAACUCAGGAAGAAACUGGAGAAAUACCUUUCACUUCAGAAAAUUCAUACUAGAAUAGGACAAGGAGUACCCUUAGUUGGGCUACUGAUAGAAGGUGGUCCAAAUGAGAUCUUGACAGUGUGGGAAUAUCUGAGGGAAAAUCCUGCUGUUCCUGUAGUAGUAUGUGAAGGAACUGGUAGAGCUGCUGAUCUUCUUGCUUUUACGCAUAAGCACACUGCUGAAAUGAUUUAUAUGACCUCUCAGUUUAAGGAAGAAAUAUUAUUAAUGAUUCAGAACAUCUUCAAUUUGGGGAAAAAGCAGUCCCAUCACCUAUUUAAAAUUUUAAUGGAGUGUAUGGAAUAUAGGGAUUCUAUAAUGGUAUUUGAUGCAGAAUCAGAAGAGCAUCAGGACAUAGAUCUGGCAAUCCUAACUGCUCUCUUUAAAGGGACAAGAAUGCCUGCUCCAGAUCAGCUAAAUCUGGCACUGGCCUGGAACAGAGUGGACAUUGCAAAGAAGCAUAUACUGGUUUAUGGGCAGCACUGGAAGGCUGGCUCCCUUGAGCAGGCAAUGCUGGAUGCUUUGGUAAUGGACCGUGUAGAAUUUGUGAAAUUGCUAAUAGAAUAUGGUGUGAACGUACAUCGUUUUCUUACUAUAUCCCGACUGGAAGAAUUGUACAAUACGAAACAAGGACCAACAAAUCAACUUCUUCAUCAUCUCCUUUGUGAUGUGAAACAGAGUACUCUUCCUGCAAACUAUAAAAUAUCACUGAUAGAUAUUGGGCUGGUAAUAGAAUAUUUGCUUGCGGGAGCUUAUCAAAGCAGCUACACAAAAAAGCAUUUCAGAGUUCUGUACAAUAGCCUUCACCGGAAACAUAAGGGAGUUGUCUCAAGCUUGGCACCGAGCCUCUCCCUUCACCAUGUGGGAAACAGAAGUGGAUCUGCUGAAAAUACCUCACAUUCCCAGUUUAUCAGAACAGCACAGCCUUAUAAAUACAAAGAAAAAUCAUCUGCUCUUCAUAAAUCUAGGAAGAAGCUGAAAGAUGAAUUUACUUUUUCAGAUGAUCAGGAAUCAGCUGGCUUUAUAUACCCAUAUAAUGAUCUUUUGGUUUGGGCAGUAUUGAUGAAAAGGCUGAAGAUGGCAAUGUUCUUUUGGCAGCAUGGAAAAGAAGCUAUGGUCAAGGCUGUGGUGGCUUGCAAACUCUACAGGGCCAUGGCCCAUGAAGCCAAACAAAGUAAUAUGGAGGAUGAUACUUCGGAAGAGCUGAAGAAAUAUUCAAAUGAGUUUGGGCAGCUUGCUCUCGAUGUGCUGGAUAAUGCAUUCAAACAGAAUGAACGGAUGGCCAUGAAGCUGCUGACAUAUCAACUGAAGAACUGGAGUAACUCAACAUGCCUGAAGCUGGCUGUGUCAGCAGGUUUACUGCCUUUUGUAUCCCAUACAUGCACACAGAUGCUCUUGACCGACAUGUGGAUGGGGCGCUUGAAGAUGAGGAAGAACUCCUGGCUUAAGGUGAUUCUGAGUAUUCUUUUACCUCCCACUAUUUUGAUGCUGGAAUUUAAAAGCAAAGCUGAAAUGUCUCAUGUGCCUCAGUCACAAGAUUUCCAUCAGUUCACAUGGUACCAUGGGGAUCCUAGUAUCUCCAGUGGAAAAGAAGACCUCUCAAUGGUUAGUAUGAAUGGUAAUGAUUUAGAGAGAGGAAAGGAAAAGGAAGAUGAAAAGCAAUCUUUUGCCAUCAACAACGAACAAGGAAGCCUUCCUGGAACUAGGAAAGUGUACGAGUUCUACAAUGCCCCAAUUGUCAAGUUCUGGUUUCACACGAUGGCCUAUUUAGCAUUCCUCAUGCUGUUCACUUAUACUGUCUUGGUGAAGAUGGACUCGACACCCAGCUUUCAGGAAUGGCUUGUCAUCAUCUAUAUUUUCACCACCACCAUUGAGAAAGUCAGAGAGGUAUUUAUUUCUGAACCAGGAAAAUUCAGCCAAAAGGUGAAAGUCUGGAUUUUUGAGUACUGGAACUUUACAGAUUCUGUUGCAAUCAUCUUGUUUAUGACUGGUUUUGGUUUGCGCUGGGCUGAUCCUCCAUUUCAAACCGCUGGAAGGUUAAUCUACUGUUUGGACAUAAUAUUUUGGUUUGUCCGACUACUUGAUUUCUUUGCUGUGAACCAGCAUGCAGGACCAUAUCUAACAAUGAUUGGAAAAAUGGUAACAAACAUGUUUUAUAUUGUAAUUAUGAUGGCCAUAGUAUUGUUGAGUUUUGGUGUGUCUCGAAAAGCGAUACUUUCACCACAUGAACAGCCAUCAUGGACUUUGGCACGAGAUAUAGUAUUUCAGCCUUACUGGAUGAUGUUUGGUGAAGUAUAUGCAGGAGAAAUUGAUGGUAGGUCAACUUUUAUUGAAGUUUCACUUCCAGAUUGCCCUCCAGGUUCCUUCCUUACACCAUUCCUUCAAGCUGUCUACCUCUUUGUACAAUAUAUCAUCAUGGUCAACCUUCUUAUUGCUUUCUUUAAUAAUGUUUAUUUUGAUAUGAAAUCUAUAUCAAACAAGCUCUGGAAGUACAAUCGUUAUCGUUACAUAAUGAUGUAUCAUGAAAAGCCAUGGCUGCCUCCACCUUUCAUCAUUCUGAGCUAUAUUGGCCUUUUUCUGAAAUACCUCUGCCACCGUCGACCACCAAAUGAAUUUGAACAAGAAGAGGGAGGUGUUGAACUGAAGCUCUAUCUGAGUGAAGAGGAAUUAAAAAAACUUCAUGAUUUUGAAGAGGAGUGUGUGGAAAAAUACCUCCACGAGAAGAACAAAAGUCUGCACUCUAGUGAUUGUGAAAGGAUCCGUGUAACAACUGAAAGAGUUGAAGAGAUGUUUAAGCAGCUGAAGGAGGUGCAUGAGAAAGUAUGUUACAUCAAAGAUGCUUUGCUUGCACUAGACAGUCAUCUGGGACAUUUACAAGACCUCUCUGCUUUAACUGUUGAUACUCUGAAAGUAAUUUCAGCUGUGGACACUCUGCAAGUUGAAGAGGCUUUUCUUGCUGAUACAAAGCACCAAGACUAUAGAAGGCUUCCCCAUAGCUGGAGCAAUGCCACAUACUCAAAGGCUUUCAGCAGUCUGGAAUGUAUUAAAGAUAAAAAAUACCAUUACUUCAGUGUGCCACCUUCCCUUCUGAGAAGCUUAGCCAAGAACCAGUGGCCAUCAGAGAGUCAUCAUCACCUUAUUGAUGCAGUAGACUAUGAUGAGAUAAAAUCAAUAGAUAAGCAUCAGGAACAGGAAACAGAAAAUGACACACUAACCUCUGGGGUAUCUUCAGAAAUUAAAUCAGCUCCCAGAUGUGGAAAGUUUCUUUCAGUUCCUUCUGAUCAGCAAGGAGGAGUUUGUUUCUCUGAAGAUGCAAGCUUGAGUUUGUCAUUUUCAAGUCCUCUGAAUGAGCUCAGGGAAGACAAACAGAAAGCCAAACCCCACACCAAGUGCUGCAGCACUUCUGUUCACCUGAAUGUACACAAUGAUGACGUUAUAGAAAGAGAGCCCAUUAUCCAUCAAAGGCAGCAACUGGAUUCUCUUAUUUUUGUGCCAGCCCAGGAAGGUGAUGAAACCAUAGCUGAACAUUAUUUCACUACCAAAAUUCCUAGCAUUGCCAGCAACAUCUCUCUACCAUCUUGCCACCAGAGUGAGGAACCAGGAGGAGGCUUUGUGAAUUGGGGGUUUGCAGAAGAGGAUGAAAACAAUGGCUUUGGCAGCCCGUCAAGAGAUUCAUACUGCAUGCAGUCUACCCUCAACAAAAAUUGCAAUGGUAGUUUGCAGCAUUUGAAGAUAAAGGCAUCUAAAAUAUUCUCCUGCAGUUCUGACAGAUCAGGAUAUGGUACUGAUUGCUCACAGUCCUGUCUCCCAUUCCAGUGCACUUCAUUCUGGAUCAGUGCACCAAACAGAAACUGGAUUUCCUCCAGGGGAAAUAGCUUUCAGUCCCACAAGGCUGAGAAGGUGGAGAAGACCAGGAAAUUAAAAGAACUAUCAAAAUCUGCUGAGCUUUGUAAAUCAGUUUGGACAAAAGCAAAACUUAGGAACAAAGACAGGAAAUCUUUGAAAAAGAAACAGAAAGCUCUUCAGGUGCCGGUGAUAACAGUAGAUGAUUGUCCCCAGGGCACCCAAGCUAGUUCGGAACCAUUUGACAAUAAGUUCUUAAGAGAAAAACAAGAAAACAGGAUGAACAGGCUAACCAUGCCCAACUUCAAUCAGCUAGAUUUGGAUCAUAUCAGUUGCAUGCAUCAGAAAAUGAAACACCAAGGAACUUCUAAACACACAGUGCAAAUUUGUGACUAUUUGAGGCAAUCACAAGAGGAUUUAAAUAGCAGUACGAUUUGGACUUGCAGGAGAAAUAACUUGAACAAGAAUCCAUCGUUGACUACAGAUGAAACAGACAAAAUCUCAUCCUUCUUAAAAGCCCCUCAAGAUCUGCACCAUUAUUACUCAGCUGUCGAAAGGAACAAUUUAAUGAGAUUAGCUCAAACAAUACCUUUUACACCAGUGCAGCUCUUUGCUGGUGAAGAAGUGACAGUCUAUAGAUUAGAAGAGAGUUCACCUUUGAACCUUGAUAAAAGCAUAUCAUCAUGGUCACAGUGUGGCAGAGCUGCUAUGAUUCAAGUUUUGUCUCGGGAGAAAAUGGAUGGAGGUCUGAGGAGGGCUAUGAAGGUUGUCUGCACCUGGUCUGAGAAUGAUGCACUAAAGUUGGGCCAGGUCUUCAUUGUGAAGUCUUUCCUUCCUGUGGUUGUUCAGACUUGGCAAAAGAUCUUCAAGGAGGAUACAGUACUUCAUCUUUGCCUCAGAGAAAUACAGCAGCAAAGAGCAGCUCAGAAGUUGAUACAUACUUUCAACCAAGUGAAGCCUCAUACCAUUCCAUAUACUCCAAGGUUUCUGGAUGUAUUUUUAAUAUAUUGUCAUUCAGCAAAUCAGUGGCUAACAAUAGAAAAGUUCAUGACAGGAGAGUUCCGCAAAUAUAACAACAACAAUGGGGAUGAAAUCACGCCUAAUAAUUUGCUGGAAGAAGUUAUGCUGACUUUUUCUCACUGGACAUAUGAAUAUACCAGAGGAGAACUCCUUGUACUGGAUUUGCAAGGUGUUGGAGAGAACCUUACUGAUCCAUCCGUUAUUAAACCUGAAGACACACAUGCCAAAGGGGUGGCAUUUGGACCAGCAAAUCUUGGGGAAGAAGCAAUCAAAAACUUUAUAUCAAAGCACCACUGCAAUGCCUGUUGCAGGAAACUCAGACUUCCAGAUUUGAAAAGAAAUUACUAUACACCUGGAAUAUUCAGUCCAGAUUUUGAAGAUGAAACAGAAGCAAUAGCAGCAGCGGGAGAUGAAGUUGCUAAGAAUGGCAAUGAUGAACCUUUGGAAUAUAAUACCCGAUUGUGAUGGAAUGAAUUUUCAGACAGGCAGGAUGUCUUUUUCUUGAACAUCUGUAUCAUUCCAUAAUUGUCUGAAUGGUCAACUAUAGGUGCCCAAACACUUCAGUUCCAGCUGUAGGCUAAAAAAAUUAAAAUUAUCUGCAUGGAAAGGAAUAUGUGAAUAAACAUUUAUCCUGUAGUAAAUAGAAUGUACUUACUGUCCACAGUCAACUUUUAAAAUAUAUGCAUUUAUUCUGAGACUAUUGAUUAAAGUAUCUGGGAUCAGA